UGUGGCAGUACGAGUUAAACUCAUAAUUACUUUGCACUCUUUUGGCCAAUCGCUGUCCCUGGCUCUCCCUAUAAAUAAACGUCGUAGUCCUUUGGACUGCUGUCUUGCUCACUGGUGAAGGAAGUGCGUCAUACUUCCGGGUCACUCGCUCCGUGUGUUUUGCUGCUGCACAACAGGUAGAGUAGCGGCUCUGCUGUCUCUGUGUACCUCGCUGUUACCAGCUAUCAUUAUGUUUACUAUGUACUGAACGUUCGUAGAUCUCCGGUUGGUUGGCGAAUCCUCUGCACGGUCGCUCAACGCAUUCAAAAGCGGAUGUUAACGCAGGCUACCUGUACUGUUUGUACCCUUUGAGCUGUCUUCUCCUGGGUGAUACAAGACGAUGCCUGAUCGCUGCUGAGAGCUGAAGGUGGUGGUAUUGGUGUCCCGGGUGGUGGUGUCCCCUUGCCAGUGUGCCGUGGCAAUUACCUCGUUUUCUCCAUAUUCACUGUUUUGCUGUGUGUGUGUGCGCGUGUGUGUGUGUGUUCACGUGGGUGAUUUAUUUUUUUGGAUCUCUCUAGCCCUUGUGACUCCUUUUUCCUCCACCGGUAAGCCUCAGCAGCCAUUAUAAUUUGCCCCCUUCCCAAGUAUGAAUGUGUUUUAAAAUGGUGUUUUAUGAUUGAAAUAAAGUGUUGUCUAUUUUUUGAACUUCGUCUCUGGCUUAAUUGUAUACGUACCUGGGUGUCCUUACGUGUACUUAGAAUAUCAAAAUUAGGAACUAACACCAAGUAUUCCCUGGGUGUAAGUCCCAGGGUGGCGUAGUCAGUGUUUUGGGGGUAGGUUCUCUUUAAAACUAACCACCCCUCCCUCUUUGUACCGCCACAUUUGGCGUAUAGUCGGCAGGAUCUCACAAUUUAAAGCCAAGACGAGUUCAAUUUUUGUUUUUGUCUGUUGUGUUUUUGGGUGUAUUUUGAUUCGUGUACAUGAGUGUUUACAUUUUUUUGUUUGUUUUUGUGUUUUAGGCAAAACAGCAGCUGGUGUUUCUCCACCUUAUCUCUUAACGAGAGUUUCCCCUUUAUUGGGCAGGAUAAGUAUGGAGGGAGAGUUACAGGAGUUGAGGGAUUUAGUUGAGCAGUUAAGGGCAGAUAAUGAGAAGCUGCGCCUGGAACAGGCCGGGGCUGUGGCAGGACCUAGUUCAGCACCCUCUAAUGCGUCAACUACUGUACUACCCGCAGCUAGAGCCCCUACUACCGAAAGAUUUGUUUUCGUGCCCCGUGAUCGGAAAUGUCCUAUGUUUAGGGGAAGAUCAGGCAUAGGGUUAACAGAAUGGAUUGAGGAAGUGCAAGCUUGUAUGAGGGCGCGCCAUUUGUCAACAUCCGAUCAGGCAUUCUUUUUGAUUGAUCACCUGGAAGGGGAAGCCCGUGAUGAAGUAAAGUUUCGUCCGAGUGCAGAACGUGAAGACCCGGUUAAGAUUAUUGCCAUUUUACAGGAAAUUUACGGUUGUUGCGAGUCCUACUUAGCCCUGCAGGAAGCGUUCUUCUCCCGUCGGCAGCAGGAGGGGGAAACCUUGCAAGAGUUUUCCCUCGCAUUAAUGAACCUUAUGGCAUCGGUAAAGCAGCGUGCUCCUAGCGAAAUACCAAAUGCUGAAGUUUUACUGCGCGACCAAUUUGUUGAGCAUGUACUUGACGGCGCUCUCCGUCGCGAGUUGAAACAGUGUGUGCGCAGACAGCCGGCCGCUACUUUGCUGGAGGUGAGAACAGAGGCGAUACAGUGGGAGCGAGAGGGUUUGCCAGGGGGAGCUAGGGGUAGGAGUCACUCGGUCCCUUCGGCCCUUGGUUUUCAGUUUGGUGUUCAGAGUGAUUCUCUGGGAAUUGUUAAUUCACCCCAGGUAUCAGAGCUGAGUGAACUACGAGAAAUGCUAAAGGUGCAGCAAGGGCAGCUUAACCAACUUACCCAAAGCAUUGCCCGUUUGCAGAGUUCUAGCCAGCGCGGUCGUUCAUCUUACAGUAUAAUGCCCCCAUAAUAUGUCGGAGGUGCCAGAAGCCUGGCCACUUCGCCCGAGAGUGCGAAGGGGAACGUGCUCCUGCUCGUGUAUCUUUUCCUUCACAUGCCCCUCCACUUCUUAAUAGGCAGUCUCGCCCUGGUCCGGCGUCGGAAAACUAGCACCCGCCGAAUUGCAGAGCCACAGUUCGGGGGGGGUAGAUAUUGGUUCAUUUGGUUUUUGAUCGUUUGUCAGAAACCGCAAAGCUGAUGUCAUCUUGUCCACAUUUAGAUGUGUGUAUGGGUGGGGUUGAGGUUCCUUGCCUUGUAGACACCGGUUCAAUGGUUUCUACAAUCACAGAGAGUUUCUUUCUCAAGCAAUUCAAGCCAUGGGGUCAGGAAAGACUCCAGUCUUGUCACUGGCUGCAGCUUAGGGCAGCCAACGGUUUGGCCAUUCCUUAUCUUGGCUACCUGGAGCUUGACAUUGAGCUUUGUGGUAAAUCAUUGCAGCGGUGUGGGCUGCUGGUAGUUAAAGAUCCCCCUGGUGGUGUGUCUUCUCAGGUUCCGGGUAUUUUAGGGAUGAAUGUGAUUCGUAGAUGCUACAGAGAGCUUUUUAGUCUUCAUGGCCUGGCCAUGUUUGACUUACCUGUGGUUGCCAAUAGUCCAGAACUUGUUGUGAAUGCAUUGCAAAGGUGCCAGCAGGCCAGCACUCAUUCCCUGGAUGAUGCAGUUGGUAAGGUAAGAGUGUGAGGCAGGAAGGCUUGUCGUAUUCCUGGAGGGGUGAUGAAAAUUGUCACUACCACAUGUUCAGCACAGUACUCUGACAUUACUGCAUUGUUUGAACCCCUGAAUGCUGGCUUACCAGCUGGACUUCUGGCAUCUCCUGCCUUGGUUCGGGUGGUAAGGGGUACU